AUGACGGACAAAUCAAACUUCCGUGCCGGCGACGACCGUUAUGAAGCUCAAAACGAUGACGCAACAGAAGUAACAGGUGAUAUCAACGACGCAUCUUACGUACGGCCUGGAGAGGCUACGAUACCAGUGCAAAAAGACACAGACCCAGUGGAGGACCCUGUGAAACCACCAGAGUCCAACAGUGAUGAGCAGCUCGAGGGAGAUGAGAAGGAAGCUAUCAACCAAGACAACAUUAUAGGCCAACGGACCCGUGCCGCAAAGCCGUCAGGAAGCUAUUCGGAGGGUUUGGAUGAGGAUGAAUUGCCCUCGGAUGUCGUGUCGGGAAAUAUGGGCAGAUCUGAUGUGAAAGCUCUUUAA